CACUGACCAACAUGGUGACGCAGGCGAAUGCUCCCGCGUACCAUCGAAGCGACGAUGCAGACACGUACAAGAAGAACGCCUCGUUUGUCUACAAUCCCGAGAACACGAGAGCCGUGCUUGAGCUGCUCGAUCCCAAGCCUGGCGAGAAGAUCCUCGAUGUAGGCUGCGGCACCGGCGAGCUGACGCGGCAGCUCCACGCCCUCGUUUCGUCCUCGGGCGACGGAGGAUGCGUCGUUGGAACGGACCUGUCGGCCAAUAUGAUUUCUGCCGCGCGAAAGAGAGGCAACGAUGAAGGCAUCAACCCCCGGGUCGAGGUCGUCGAUGGCCACGACCUCGAGUCCUGGCUGGAAAAACAAGGCCUGGUGGGCACCUUCGACAAGGUCUUUAGCAACGCUGCCCUGCACUGGAUGAAGGCAGACCCAGCCGCCGUGGUGCGCGGCAUGUCACGCGCUCUGAGACCCGGCGGGAUCCUUGUGCUCGAGAUGGGCGGCCACCUCAACAUCGUUGGUCUUCGCUCGGCGCUGCACGUCGCCCUCGCCCAGCAUGGCAUCGAUGCCGCGACGGUGGAUCCGUGGUACUUUCCCACGCUGGCGUCCUACAGCAACCUUCUCCUCUCCAAUGGCUUCGGGAGCGUGCCUGAGGCCCGCCUCGUGCCGCGCCCCACGCCUCUGCCCAGACCGGCCGGCCUCGCUGGCUUCCUCGAGACUUUCGCAGGACCGUUUCUCAAUGCACUUCCCGACGACAAAGCGCGCAAUGACGUUGUGCAGCGAGUCAUCAAGCAGCUCAAGGUGGACAUGUAUGACGCUGAGGAGGACCAGUGGACGGCCAUGAACUGCAGGCUCCGGGUCCGAGCUAUCAAGGCGUAGAGAAAGGAUGAGUAGAAUGUUAGGGAUAAGAACACCAGUUCUUGUCAAUGGGUUUAUAGAGACAAGAGAGGGAAUUAAGCCAAAUAAAGGUUGGGAGAGGGAGAGGAAUGGGAAAGAAAAAAAUGUGGGUGAUGAUCUGGAGAGUGACAAUGGACGAAUAUCUAGUUGUGUGUA